AUGGAGGGCCGGUACCGAGUGCAGCAGAACGACCUGCUCCUCCACGAGGCAGUCAUCAAGAACGAGCCAGCGGCAGUCCGCGAGGCGCUGCGCCGACAACCUGACGUCAAUUGUAGGAAUAAUUACGGGAGAGCGCCUAUCCACUGGGCGGCCAGCAGAGGCAAUGUUGAAAUAAUAAAUCUACUCAUUGACGCCAGAUGUGAUAUUGAAGCUGUAGACAAGUUUGGAAUGCGGCCAUUGUUAAUGGCUGCAUGGCACGGCCACCUGGAGGCGGUGAAGACCCUCGUGCAGGCCGGUGCUUGUCUUGCUGCUACCAAUAAGAAGCACAACGACCUACUUCAGUGCGCAUGCGUGCGGGGUUCGGUAGAUGUCGCUACGUACGCGUUGUCGCUAGGUGCAAGAGUGCAAGGUGCAGAUGCGGCGGGCGACUCCCCUCUCGCACUCGCCGCACGCGCCGGACAUACCUCCGUAGUGGAACUGCUGCUGGAGAACGGAGCUGAAAUUGAUGCGGUUAAUAAGGUAAGUCAAGUAAACGGUACUGCAACAUAUUGGUUAUUUGUAAGCUAA